AUGACUUCGGACUCUUUCUGUCUGUCUGCCCAGGCAAGGUUCGACUCCAAAUGGCUGAAGACAGACCUGCAGCUGGCGUUUACACGGGAUGGACUGUGUGGCCUGUGGAAUGAGAUGGUGAAAGAUGGGGAGAUUGUAUAUCCUGGAACAGAGUUGAUACAAAGUGGUGAACUACCUCCAAGAAAAGAUGAUAGCACUGAAUGCCAAACUGCAUCAAAGAAAGAAGAGCAAAAUGACAAAGAAAAGAAAGAUGAAGAAGAGACUCCACUGCCCACUUACAGAGCCAAAUCGAUUGUUGAGAGUUGGGUGUGGGGUAAACAACCAGAUGUGAAUGAAUUGAAGGAGUGCCUUCAUGUCCUAGUGAAGGAACAGCAAACUCUGGCCACACAAACUGCUACCACAGCCCUUUCAGCUAUGAGGCUAAAGCAGAGGCUGGUUAUCCUGGAGAGAUACUUCAUUGCACUCAACAGAGCAGUUCUUCAAGAGAAUGUCAAAGUGAAGUGGAAAAGCAGUAGUGUUCCUCUGCCUUCUGUGGAUAAGAAAAGCCCAAGACCUGUAGGUAAAGGUGUAGAAGGACUGGCCCGAGUUGGAUCCCGAGCAGCACUUUCCUUCGCGUUUGCUUUCCUGCGCAGAGCCUGGAGGUCAGGUGAAGAUGCAGACCUGUGCAGUGAGUUGCUGCAGGAGUCUCUUGAUGCCCUGCGAGCUCUGCCAGAGGCAUCCCUUUUUGAUGAAGGGACUGUGUCUUCUGUGUGGCUGGAGGUGGUAGAAAGAGCUACUAAAUUCCUAAGGUCUGUUGUGACUGGCCAAAUGUUGUCUGCAGUUAUGUUGUUGCUUCAACUUUGGGAUAAUGGGACGAGGGAAACGGAUAACGAGCGAUCUGCACAGGGAACAAGUGCACCCCUCCUGCCUUUGCUGCAGAGAUUUCAGAGCAUAAUAUGUAAUAAAGACAUGCCCAAUACUGAGGAAGAGAUUCAGCUCCUGACUUACCCUCUAAGUCCAAAUGAAAGUUUCCUGAGGUACCUGACUUUGCCACAGGACAAUGAGCUGGCGAUCGACCUCAGACAAACAGCUGUGGUGAUCAUGGCCCAUUUGGACCGUCUGGCCACCCCAUGUAUGCCCCCACAGUGCAGCUCUCCUACAUCUCAUAAGGGAUCACUGCAAGAGGUCAUUGCCUGGGGAUUAAUAGGUUGGAAAUACUAUGCUAAUGUGAGUGGCCCAAUCCAGUGUGAGGGUCUGGCCAACCUUGGUGUUGUCCAGGUCGCCUGUGCAGAGAAACGUUUUCUGAUCCUGUCUAGAAAUGGAAGAGUUUAUACACAAGCAUACAACAGUGAUACUCUGGGCCCACAGCUGGUGCAGAGCCUGGCGUCCAGGAACAUUGUGAAGAUAGCAGCACACUCAGAUGGGCAUCACUAUCUGGCUUUGUCAGCAAAUGGUGAAGUUUUCUCGUGGGGUUGUGGAGAUGGUGGAAGACUAGGCCAUGGGGAUACAGUCCCUCUGGAGGAACCCAAGAUGAUAUCUGCUUUGUCUGGGAAGCAAGCUGGGAAACAUGUGGUUCAUAUUGCCUGUGGAAGCACCUACAGUGCAGCUAUUACUGCUGAGGGAGAGCUCUACACCUGGGGGCGAGGGAACUAUGGCAGGCUUGGUCAUGGUUCAAGUGAAGACCAGACCAUCCCAAUGCUGGUCACGGGGCUGAAAGGGCUCAAAGUCAUCGAUGUGUCCUGUGGGAGUGGAGAUGCUCAGACUCUUGCAGUUACUGAAAAUG